GCUCCCCAUGUGUGCUGUUGCAUAUAUCCUUUGUGGGUUUGACCCGCCACCUACUGGACAUUUAAGGUACUACUCGUGAUAUGCUUAGUUUCACUUUCGAUUUCUGUCGGUGAAGAUUGUUUAAAACAAUAGGCACGCAAUGUACUUUGAGUGGUUGAUUUCUUCGUUUGAGCCUUGGAUAUAUAUGUCCUUUUACAGCUAAAAUAACCAGUAAAGUCACCAAGGUCACAAGACUGCUUUCUGGAGUUUUCUUUGUUCGCUAUCUGUUAACCCUUUGCUUAAGUAACGCAUUGGUGAGAACAGAAUAGUAAAAGGACAUUGACACAACGGGUGAAGACAACAGAAUCACACUGCCAUUGUUACAUUGCAUCGUACAGCUCAUCAGAAGCUAGUGAAGUAUGGAGUCAAACAGUGAAGGGAAGGAUGCGUCCCAAGCCUUUGAAAUUAGAUCACAAGUUCCUAGCUCAAAGUCAUCUCGAAGAUCAAGUAGGUCAUCGGCCAGUGUGGCAGCGACUCGGGCGAGAGCUAAAGCAGAAGCAGCGAGAGCUAAAGCAUCUUAUGCGGAGAAAGAGGCAGCUAUGAUGAAGAAAAAAGCAGAGGUGGAAGCAGAUCUAUUUGUGCUACAAUCUCAAAAAGAAGCAACUGCAGCAUCUGCUGAAGCAGCAAUUUAUGAGGCAGCAGCCGACAUUGAGGAGGGAAAUAUAGACGAAUUGGUUAGUGAGACACACUCAGUGCGAACCCAGCGUACCAAGGAGUAUGUUCAGAAGCAUGCAAUUGAACAACAUCAGCAGCAGUUUGUUGAUAUUCCGAUUUCACAGUUGUCCUUUAGAAGUGCUGAACCCCUUCAGCAUGAAGCUACGGGAACUUCUCGUCGUGAAUAUCCAUCAUAUGGGAUGGAGGAGUUAAAAAUUAAACAGGAGACAAAGGAUAACCAGAAAGAUGAAGUUCAUGGAUGUCGCUCUGCUUUCCAAGAAUCUCCUACUCCCAACUUUAGAGCUCCCAUGGUUAGUUUGCCAUACACGUCUGAUUUAGCUAACUACAUGGUGAGAAAAGAGAUGGUAAGUUCUGGUCUCAUGAAGUUCGAUGAUUGUCCUGAGAACUACUGGGCAUGGAAAUCCUCUUUUCAAGAUGUGACAAAGGACCUUGGAUUAACAGCCAGAGAAGAGCUUGAUCUUCUCACUAAAUGGCUCGGCCCAGAGUCAUCCAGGCAAGCCAAACGCAUUAGAUCUGUUCAUGCACACUAUCCAAUAGCAGGUGUUCAUAUGCUUUGGCAGCGUUUGGGAGAGUGUUACGGGAGCCCAGAAGUAAUUGAGAAUGCACUGUUGAGAAAACUGGAAGAGUUUCCAAGGAUUUCUAACAAAGAUGGACAGAGACUCAGGGAGCUAGGAGAUAUGCUUUUGGAAUUGGAAUCGGCAAAGACAGGUGGACAUUUACCUGGGCUGGCAAUUCUUGACACAGCGAGGGGAGUCAAUCCCAUCAUUGAAAAACUUCCCUUUAACCUGCAAGAAAGAUGGAUCACUCAUGGAGCCAAGUAUAAAGAGGAUCAUCGUGUCUCUUUCCCACCAUUUGGCUUCUUUGUGCAAUUUGUUUGUGACCAAGCAAGAAUAAGAAAUGAUCCCAGUUUUUCUUUGUCUAUGUAUAGUCAUCUUAAACAGGAGAAAUUUUCACGGCUCAGCAACAAACUACCUGUGUCAGUGAGGAACACUGAGGUGCUAGCCACUGUUUUAAAUUCCAAAGCCAAGCAACUCCCUGAACAGAAGGUUCUGGAUCCUAGUAAGCAAUGUCCAAUUCAUAACAAGUCGCAUCCAUUGUCGAAAUGUCGUGGAUUUAGAGUAAAGCCCCUGGAUGAAAGAAAAACAUACCUCAAAGAUCUAUCUAUCUGCUUCAGGUGUUGUGGUUCCAGUAAACACAUAGCGAAAGAGUGUAAGGCAGCUGUUAAAUGUUGAGAGUGUAACAGUGAGCGCCAUGUCUCUGCAAUGCACCCAGGGCCUGUUCCAUGGGAGGAGGGAACUCCAGUAACAGAGCAAGAGCAAGGCGGGGAGUCCGAAGGGGACAUAUCAUCCGAAGUUACCUCCAAAUGCACAGAAAUUUUUGGUAAAGCUCCUAGUCCUAAAUCGUGCUCGAAAAUCUGUUUGGUUGACGUUUUUCCAUCUGGUUGUCCUGAACAAGCUGAGAGAAUAUAUGUAGUUCUGGAUGAUCAAAGUAACCGGUCCUUAGCAAAGUCUGCCUUUUUCAAGCUGUUUGGUAGUGGUCCUCUCCACCAGUCGCCUCCACCACGCCUCCCGCCAAUCCGCCGGGCUGUCCCCCAAAUCUACAGUAUGUUCCUCGGACCCAACGGACUCCCUUAAUCCACUCCACCCAUACUUCACUUGGUACUGGCCACCCAGGGGCCAAAGCAACUCUCGUUGCUAGGAGACCGCUUCUGGUGGCCAAACAUGGCCCGGGACGUCAGAAGGUUUGUGCGAGGCUGCCCGGACUGUGCCAUAUCCAAGAGUUCCCGUCAUCUACCAGCAGGCAAACUUCACCCUCUACCCAUACCUCAACGUCCGUGGUCACACCUAGGAGUAGAUUUCAUUACCGACCUACCUGUAUCCGAUGGUAAUACCUGCAUACUAGUAAUCAUAGACCGUUUUUCCAAGUCAUGCCGACUCAUUCCCCUCAAGGGUCUCCCAACUGCUCUCCAAACCGCAGAACUCCUCUUCAAUCACGUCUUUCGAUACUUUGGCAUCCCUGAAGAUAUAGUAUCCGAUAGAGGACCCCAAUUCAUUUCCCGAGUCUGGAAGGCUUUCUUCUCCCUCCUAGGUGUGACCGUCAGUUUAUCGUCAGGUUAUCAUCCACAGUCCAAUGGGCAGACUGAGCGCAAAAUCCAGGAGAUAGGACGAUUCCUGAGAACCUUCUGCCAUGGCCGCCAGAACUCCUGGAACCAGUUCAUAGGCUGGGCCGAGUAAGCGCAAAAUUCCCUGCGACAGCAAUCCACUGGACUUACCCCAUUCC